AUGGCUGGCACUGCCCUGAAGGCUCCUCCCAGCCUCCACCUCAUCGCCCCCUUCCCCACCCAUCCCACCUCCACCGAGCAGGACCGAGCUGCCCUCUCCCGCAGCCCGAGUCCCUCCCGGGAGGGGACACCGGCUGCGCAAGGGUGUCUAACCUCGCCCCUUUCCCAGGCCCUGCUGCUCGUGGUGGCCCUGGCCGGCCUGGGCUUGGGCCUGAGCCUCAUUUUCAUCGCCGUCUACCUCAUCCGCUUCUGCUGCUGCAGGCCCUCAGAGCCCCCAGGGGCCAAGAGCCCCCAGCCCGGGGGAGGCUGUGUGACCUGGAGCUGUGUGGCCUCCCUUCUCAUCGGCUGCGCCAGCAUUGGCAUCGGUUUCUACGGCAACAGUGAGACCAGCGAUGGAGUGUCUCAACUCAGCUCUGCCCUGCUGCACGCCAACCACACGCUCAGCGCCAUUGACUACCUGGUGUUUGAGACCGUGGACAGGCUGGACGAGGCGGUGAGGACAGAACUGACUACCCUAGAGGAAGUGUUCUCGGAGCGCACGGAGCUGGUGGCUGUGGCCAGGGGCACCCGGCGUCAGGCUGAGACGGUGGCCCAGCAGCUCCAGGGACUGGCCUUCUGGCAGGGGGUGCCCCUGAGCCCACUGCAGGUGGCCGACGACGUGUCCUUUGUGGAGGAAUACAGGUGGCUGGCCUACGUCCUCCUGCUGCUGCUCGAGCUCCUGGUCUGCCUGUUCACCCUCCUGGGCCUGGCGAAGCAGAGCAAGUGGCUGGUGAUCGUGAUGACAGUUAUGAGCCUUGUGGUUCUUGUCCUGAGCUGGGGCUCCCUGGGCCUGGAGGCAGCCACUGCCGUGGGUCUCAGUGACUUCUGCUCCAACCCGGACACCUACAUCCUGAACCUGACCCAAGAGGAAACAGGGCUCCGUUCAGACAUCCUGAACUAUUAUUUCCUCUGCAAUCAGGACUCGUCCAACCCUUUCCAACAGAGGCUGAUUCUGUCGCAGCGAGCUCUGGCCAACAUCCACUCUCAGCUGCAAGGUCUGGAGAGAGAAGCGGUCCCUCAGUUUCCAUCUGCACAGAAACCUCUACUGUCCUUGGAGGGGACCCUCAAUGUGACCGAGGGAAACUUCCAUCAGCUGGUGGCCUUGCUGCACUGCCGCGGCCUGCACAAGGACUAUGGCGUGGCCCUCCGAGGCCUCUGCGAGGACGCCAUGGAGGGACUGCUCUUCCUGCUCCUGUUCUCGCUGCUGUCCGCGGGCGCCCUGGCCACCGCGCUCUGCAGCCUGCCCCGAGCUUGGGCGCUCUUCCCGCCCAGAGGGGCGCCGCCCCGGGAGACCGCCGGCCCGUACGCGGACCUGCUCCUCGGAGACGUGGUGCGCAUGCGCAGCGGGCCGGGGCGGUGGCGACGGGGAUUCGGGGCUCCUCCGGGCUUCGUCCUUCGCCUUCCCCGGGCCGGCGGGGUGGCCAGGUGCACCUCGAUGGUCCGGGAGCUUCGCUCCCCCACCUCCCCGAUCGCCCUCCGCGCCUGCCUCGCGCCCUAG